GUUCAAUUAUUUUCAAUACUCCAGUUACUUUCAUUUACAGCCAUCGUGGCAUUUGCUUUCAUGAAUUCCUCGAAGCUUACCACAUGAUAAAAAAUUUUCACCUCGUGCCAUUUAAUUUCUGCCUUUUAUCAUAUUAGCAAGAAUAUUUACAUCAUGGAUCGUUAAGAUUCGAUAUGAGCCAGACGACAACUUUAUUUACUAUUAGUAUAAUUUAUUACAUGGAAAAUUUUGUUUAUAUAAUUUUUUCUUCCAUUUAGCUGAGUUUUGCGUAUUUGACACUGUAAGACAUUGAUUGAACUUAAUUCCAUGACUCACUAUAAAACUUCAACACUAGCAGCUAACACCGUUCAUUUUCCUGAGUUAUGUUUUCCUUUGCUGUUUGCUUUUCGAAAACGGCUGUAAAAAUAUUUGCAACUUGAAGUGCUGCCAGCCUUUAGAAAUCGGUUAGAACUUAAUUUAAGCAGAAUUUCGGUUGCGUCUGAUAACUUUAAAUUUAUCUUCACUUAACCGUCGGUGUGGCAAAACUUAUUUGCAGGAAAUCAAUUCUGGCCAUUUAAUCCACAGGACCUAGUCUCAGAAUGUUAAGAGCAUUGCCGGGUUUAAGAAGAAGGCUCCAUAGAAGAGGACUGCUGUUGUUGUCUGGAGGUCUUCUGUUUUUGGCUGUAACCUCGUUUUACGUUACCUUCUUUCCCCGUUUUAAGCCUGUUACGACGAUUGAAGGAUCCUCACUGCCCAAAGAAUUUUUAUCGCCAUUUCAUACCAGAGUUCCAUCCUUAGAUUAUUGUACACAUCGCAUCGAAGAAGAAGUUUCUGUCCGGCGUUCCGAGCGUGCACCAAACAAGCUCCACGUGACUGAUUACCAUGUGUAUAAGACAUUUUCUCAGCUUAGUUGCCGCCAAAUUUCAGCGCUAUUCUUGCACUCGCAGCCAACGGAAGCGGAAGUGAAUUUUCCGCUCGCUUACGUCCUGCAACUUUACAAAGGCGCGGGAUUGUUUGUUAAACAACUGCAGUUUAUUUACAUGCCUCACAACGUUUACUGCAUUCAUAUAGAUGCCUCAUCGUCUCUUGAAUUUGUUAACGCUGUGGAACAAGUUGUUCGGUGUUUGCCAAAUGUGUACGUCACAAAGAAAAGAAUCAAAGUGAUAUAUCUGCACGUUUCUACGGUUCAAGCUCAACUGAAUUGUGUCGAGGAGUUGCUUGAAAGCACCGUUCCUUGGCGCUAUUUGUUAAAUUUAUGCGGUCAAGAUUUCCCCCUCUACGUGAAUCGAGGCAUUGUGCAAGGAUUACAAGCUUUGAACGGGAGAACAAAUGCAGAAGGCUGUGAAUUGACGAACGCCACCCGAGGACGCACAUCUUCCGUCUUUGAAGUGAAGCAACGAGCCCCGGGCCACAACUUUCACGAAAGCUAUCAGUGGGUUGCGACUGGGAAAAAGAAAACCCCGGCCCCCUACGGAAUUAAAAUCUAUAAAGGAUCUUCUUAUAUUGCCGGCACAAGAGAAUUCUGCGAAUAUGCUCUGCACGAAGAAACAGCAAAAGCACUUCUGAAGUGGCUGAACGAUACAAUUUACGUUGAUGAAUCAUUUUUUCCUUCUCUCUACCGGCAUCCCGGUGUACCCGGGGCAGUACCGGGAAAAAAACAACCGGAAUUCAUAACGCGAGCCGUGAAGUGGUUUUUCCCAGGGGCAGAAAAUAUCUGCUACGGCUACUGGCUCCGAGGGAUUUGUGUUCUGAGUUUAGGUGACUUGAGCUGGGCGCUCGGACCACAAUUUCAAAACAGAUUGUUUAUUCAAAAGAUCGACUUUGAUUAUGAUGCAGAACUGAUCGACUGUUUGUUCGUAAAGGUACAAGAGAGAACCCGACAUCCAUAUAGCAGCAAUGAGAUUUCUUGGGAUGGGCCUUGCAAGGACAGUUAGAGACAAUUAUUGUCUGUGCAGCUGUCUCAUCGGGGUAAGAGGGAACAAUUUUUUUUUUUUUAGGGAGGGGGAUUGGGUUAUUUUCUGAGGCGUGAAAUUUUUUCUCACGUUUAGGUUGUGCAUGUUUUCUCGUGGACAAUUGCUCAGUUGUGCAAGAUUUUGUUUUAGGUCAAACACAGAACCUGGUUAGCAGAAAGCACUUGUUCCGAUUUUUUUUGGGAGGGGGGGUGCGGUGGGGGAAUUGCACAACUCCUCCCAUCACCACCGCCACCCCCUCAAAAAAAUAGCGGUCCGUCCCAUGAGCCCAUCCCCUGUCCGUUCCUAAUGUCAUUGUUUCAACGCCCAAUCACGCUUUCCCGCUAUCGAUUCCGUGUGUAAAAUUCUUUACUGAAAACUUGGUUUUCGCAGCUUUGUAUACCCCCGCCCCUCUUUCAAUACAAAUCUUUUUUUCUAGCUGAUUUUAGACACAAAAUAUUCACUGGUUAACUGGCCGUUGUCGAGAGGAUUCGGCAGUCGAGACGUGUUUCCGUGGCCGUUGAGGUUGCGGCUAAGUGAUUAAAAUGAGUGAAUGUACGCACUGUCCGCCGGGACCAAGAAGUGGCCGUUGUAGACAGGUGGCCGUUAGUUAGUGAAGGUUCGACUGUAAGUUACCCUGUGUACCAGAGUUUUUUUCUCGCGCGCGGCGGACGGAAAUACCUUGCUUCGCUUCGGCGGCCGACAUGACCGACACCGAAAACCGCGCAAGAUAAAUCUCUGGCAUCCAAGGUAACUGUAAAUGUUUUCUUACAAAGAAUGUAGUGUAGCUGCCGUGAAUUUUCGCGCGCAUGUUCUUUGGCUACAGGGUGGUUGUUGAAAGGGGUCGCCUAUUGAGGGCCAGGGCCGCUAAGUAGAAUUCGAAGAUUCGGCACUCAAUGGGGAGCGCGGCUUAUUAGAAAGGAGGGGAAGGCGGGGGUUAAGUCGAAUCAUUUAGGAUAUAGUUAAAUUUGAGGAGAGGGUCGUGUCUCUUUUCGGCAAUAAGGUCACAAGUACUGACAUACGUUUGCAGUGAACGUAAUAUCCAUAUCCGAACACAACAUGGAAGUAGUUAGUUUAUUUGCUCCAAGCCAGGAAAUAUUGUCAACACUAAUAUCUAAUUAUCUGCUGCUUAACAAACAUUCUUAUUUUUUUGGUCGACAAAAGUCGCUUUUUUUCUCAAAUUCUGAGAUAACAUCAAAGAAAAAUUAACUAAAUCUAAACCGUCUUUUUUGUGCUAGUACUACAGUGGAGACACUCGAACAGUGAACACUUGCCACUUUUUUGUACAUAAAUCCAAAGAGGGCUCUUUAAAUUAACAAAAGCAUAUGGCAUCUUUACACUGUUAAAUGGCUAAUCUUGUACAUAUACAAAGAGCCUUCAUUUUAGUCAUUCCAGUCAAUUGUCCACGGUUCGAGUGUCCAUGCUAAAUCAUUUCUCUUCUAGCAAUUAAGAUCAUUUGCAUAUCAAAAAGGUGCAAAAACUCGGUCAACAGCCGUGGUUGUGUAGCUGCACCCACAAUCCUUUGCACCCUCAGGAUCGCGGGCGCACCAAAAUACCAAUGGCUGGAGACUGAGCCUACAAUGAACCCUGAUACGGGAUGAAGUAAACCCGGGGGGAGGGGAGACUCCCAUAUGAAAAGGUCGGGGAUCCCCGUUGUCUCCCUUAGGGGUAUAAAUCAAGGAUCCUGGUCUUACUCAGGGUGUUGAUUACGAAACGCCACUAUUUUUAGCUACCAAAGUAUCUUUUGGGGUGCACUCGGAGAAGUAAUAAUUAAAGGCUUUUGUUUCUGUUUUUAGGCUCGAUUUCUGCUGAUUUCACAAGUCUGGUCUACUAGCAAGGGGUCCCAUCCUGAACAGCGGCUGGUAAUCUCGCCUAUUCCGCUUUAAUUGGUAUCUUUUAGGGAUCAAAUAAAGCUCGAGCCAC